CGUAAACAAGCCUAGGCACUGACAUUUUUGAAUGUGCAUCUGUGUGGGUGCUUUGUCUGAAUUUAUCUAGAUAUUUUUUACACCAAAUAAAAGAUACAAUCUGCAUAUCAAAGCGUUGAUUAUAUACAAAAAUCAUAUAAAAGAGCCAUCAACUAGAUCGACUAACCAUUCGGAAAAAAGUUAUAAAAUGAAUCUCAGGCUUCUGUUGCCAUGGCAGGCAAUAAUACUGCUAGGAGUUGUGGAACAUUCGCUUGGAUAUAUGUACGAGUAUGUUAUGGAUGAUGAAUCGGUGUUCAUUGACUGUUUGGAUAAUCCCGAAGGAUAUCCGGGCAUGGGUGGACUGUUCGAUCUUUCGAAUAUGACCUUGGAAAUGGGUCCCGAUGGGAUACACGUCAGUGGCAAUACAACCAGUAAUUGGGAUAUAGAGCCAACGGAUCGAAUCGAGGCCCGCCUUGCCAUCGUACAUUUGCAGCGCGGUAUUUGGCAACCGACCAUAUAUAAUAUGAUGUCCAGCGAUUUUUGUAAAUGUUAUGUCGACCCGCAACAAUAUUGGUAUGAGCUUUUUCCUAAGCAUGUAAUCAAUCAAGAAGAAGCCCGAGAAAAAUGUUUCAAUUAUAAAGGAACUGUAUAUUAUUUGAGGCCAUAUGUCCUGAAAAUGAAAGUUUCUGUGCCCAUGCUGUUGCCUAAUGGACAAUAUCGGAUGAUAUUUAACUUGUUUGCGUUUGAUGUCAAUAAUGUUAGGCGGCCAAAUGGCAUUUGUUUCGAGAUGAAAGGUGAAUUUUUUAAGAUUUAAAAGUUAAGAAGCAGAAAAACUGGUUUUAAAAGCUAAAAUAUGAAACAAAAAUUGUAUCUUAAAAAUAUAAUGCUGUUAUCCUUUUAACGGAUGCUACAGCUACAGCACCUCA